GCAGGGAGCGACCGACGCGCAGCGACACGACCCCCGGGCGCGUUGCGGUGUGUGUCGGUGGACACCUUUUAUCCGUCGACCAGAGGCAGCUCGCUCUCUCCCGGAGCUCCGUGUGUGAAUGAGGUUGAUGCUGCUCUGCUGCACCUGGAAGGACGAACGCAUGGGAGAGGAGGAAGCUGGAGGAAGUUUGCCCGUGUGUGCGGGAUGCAAACAGAGGAUCUACGAUGAGCAGUACCUCCAGGCCCUUAACAGUGACUGGCAUACCGUCUGUUUCAGGUGUUGUGAGUGCAGCGCUUCGCUGUCACACUGGUAUUAUGAAAAAGAUGGACGGCUUUUCUGCAAGGAUGACUACUGGGCCAAAUUUGGGGAGCUGUGCCAUGGCUGCAAUGACCCGAUCACCACCGGCCUUAUUAUGGUCGCAGGGGAACAGAAAUAUCACCCAGAAUGCUUCACGUGUCUGAACUGCCGAGCGUUCAUCGGUGAUGGAGACACAUACGCUCUGGUGGAGAGAUCCAAACUCUACUGUGGUCACUGCUACUACCAGACCAUCGUGACCCCAGUGUCGCUGCCGGACUCACCAUGCUCACGGAUCCCUCACACGGUCACCCUGGUAUCCAUCCCCGCCUCCGCCGACGGCAACAACGGACGCAAAGGGCGUGGUUUCUCUGUGGCCAUUGACCAGCCGCUCAGCCCGACCAACGGCUACAGUCCUGAACAUGGACACACUGUCAGAGUCUCCCAGGUGGAUGCAGACUGCAUCAGCCCAGAUGUGAAAAAUUCCAUUCAUGUUGGAGACCGGAUCUUGGAAAUCAAUGGGACGCCCAUUCAUAACGUUCCUCUGGAUGAGAUUGACCUGCUGAUCCAGGAGACCAGCCGGCUGCUGCAGCUCACCAUCGAACACGACCCUCACAGUCAGCCAGGGCUGGAGGGAGGCUCCUCAGAGGCUGAGGACCAGGUGGACGGCCCGCUGUCCACCCCACUGUCAGAGGGUCCCAGCCCCAUCCUGCCCAUCACCCAGCCCCCCAAUCCUGACAUCAGCAACCUGAAAUCUCGCAUCAUCACGCGAAGUUACAGCACUGACAAGUCACCUGGCUCCAGCAAUGCAGCGUCACCGAUCUCCCUGAGGAAGGACAUCAAUCGAUCAGAGUCGCUCCGUGUGGUCUCAAACCGGACUCACCGCAUCUUCCGCCCAUCAGACCUCAUCCACGGAGAGGUGCUGGGAAAGGGAUGCUUUGGACAGGCCAUAAAGGUGACACACAGGGAGACAGGGGAGGUGAUGGUGAUGAAGGAGCUGAUUCGCUUUGAUGACGAGACACAAAAAACAUUCCUCAAAGAGGUGAAGGUCAUGCGUUGCCUGGAUCACCCCAAUGUGCUCAAGUUCAUCGGCGUCCUCUACAAAGACAAGAGACUCAACUUCAUUGCAGAGUACAUCAAGGGAGGCACCCUGAGGGAAAUCAUCAAGAAAAUGGACUCAAGCUAUCCCUGGAACCAACGGGUCAGUUUUGCUAAGGACAUAGCUGCUGGGAUGACAUAUCUGCAUUCCAUGAACAUAAUCCACCGGGAUCUGAACUCUCACAACUGUCUAGUCCGAGAGAACAACACAGUGGUGGUGGCAGACUUCGGCCUGGCUCGACUCAUGGUGGACGACAAGCACGGGGAGAAGUUGACGCAGGGAAAGCUGACCGGCCUGAAGAGGCCUGACCGCCGGAAGAGAUACACUGUGGUGGGAAACCCGUACUGGAUGGCUCCAGAGAUGAUCCAUGGGAAGAGCUACGAUGAGAGAGUAGACAUCUUUUCCUUUGGUAUCAUGCUCUGCGAGAUCAUCGGCAGGGUGAACGCUGACCCCGACUACCUCCCCAGAGCGACAGACUUUGGACUGAACAUCUCUGGUUUCCUGGAGCACUACUGUCCCCCUGACUGUCCCCCUGCCUUCUUCCCCAUGGCUGCUUUGUGCUGUGACCUCGACGCAGACAAACGACCUGCUUUCUCCAAACUGGAGGAGUGGCUGGAGAACCUGAAGAUGCACUUGGACAUCGGUCUGCCCCUGAUGUCUGAGGUGGACCAGCUGCACAAGGCCUUCUGGGAGCACCACAGCAAAACACGUCCCGAGAACGGCCUGCACACCCACCCCGAACAGCCAGAGUAGGGCUGAGCACAAUGGGGACGAGUGGGGUGUUAUCGUUAACCCCACAAGGGCAGCGACCGCCUGCCCGGAUCGGCACAGUGGUCGGAGGAGUCAUGUAAAUACCCCUCCGUAUUUGCGGGAGCAGACUGGCUCAGGCUUAAUGAAUAGACUCAGGGGGAAAUUGUGAAUCUGAGAAGCCACCUGUGUGAGACGCACACAUACUAACAUUCAAAGUAAAAUCAAGAGACAUUAAUUAGAAUCGCUUGAUUCUGCUGCACCUGAAGCUAAAGUGGAACGUGUCGUCAUAUGCAAUCAGACCUGACUUUCAAAUCAUGAAUCAGCUCUUGAAUCGUGUAGAUUUAACUCUAGUGGUCACACCAGUCAAGAAUGCUUACUGUACUUACUGUAGUGUGUAUGUUCAUGUGGAAGUAUAACCCCACACCCACCCCCCAAAAAAAUCCCAUUGCAUACAGCAGACCUUAACUUUAGGCCUCUACAGAGUACAUUGUGCAGUAGGUGUUUGCAGGUGUGAGCUUGGUUUGGUUUUACUUUCUGUUUGGACGUCAAAGACGAGGAGCCUGUGUGUCCUUUAGAGGUUCACAUCAACUCGUGAAGCGAACCCUUUCAAGCUUUAACUAGUUCACAGAAGAGCGCAUGACUGUAAAUAAUGCUGUCAGGUCAAAUCCUGGUUCUUCGUGUCCCUCUGACCUCAUUUGGUCACAAACCACUAAUCUAGUCGUGCCGCUGCCCCUCUCCCCUAUUUAUUGUGUAGCACUGACUUUCCAUUGAGGUACACACCUUUGGCAUAGAUUUGGUACGUUGUCUCUCAGUUUUAAGAGCUGUUAACGUAUCUCAUCCACACCAACAUUUAAACGCAUACGAGUGUUCAUAACGGCGACAUUGUAAAUGUUUUAAAUAUAGUAAAUGUACAGACAUAUUUUAUAUACAUACGCUACAUUGCCAUAUUUUUAUUGGCCGACCAGAAAUUGAGAGGAGAGGUUUGACUGCAGUUAAGGGCACAGCUGAAAGUUUUCUUUUUUUUUUUUCUUAUUUCUUUCUUUCCCACUUUUUCUCUCUACAUUUUCACCACUGUGGCAGGUUUGGGGCUUUUACCGUUCCAUACAUGUGCAAUCGUAACCCCUAAAAUAUCAUUUUAAACUCAGUAAAUGUUACAUUUUGUGUUUUCUCUCUAUCCAAAAAGCUGCAGUCACCUGGGAGUUCUCAUGUAGCCACAGAUGUGCGCUGGAAUAAACUUAAAAAUAAUACUGUGUCAUCUAAUCACAUCAAAUGGCUUUAAACUAGCUAAAAUGAUAAGAGUACAUGUUAUGAUCAACUCUAAUUAUGUGCGAUGUUUUGAGAGCAAUCAACCAGUUCUUAAGGAUUCACUCUUAUCUCAUGUACUGUACAGUAAGUUAAGGUACUGCCUCAUCAUGUCAGCCGUCUGUCCACAUGUCUGUCUCUUGUUUACAUGUAAGUGCUGGCUGUAAAUAUCACUGUACUCCUUCCAUUGUUUGCGUGCAUCCUCAAAAAUAAUCUCUUUCGCACCUUCUAACGUGAAACAAUUCAAAUCUUUUUCUUUUUUUUUCCUUUUUUUAAAUUCCUGCUGAUGUUUUCAUGAGCUGCAUGAUGUUCUAGCUAGGUUUGUCCAGCUUCUAAGCUGAGCUGUUUUUGUCUCUAAAUUAUUUGAGAUAAAAAAAAAAAAAAAAAAAGACAAAAAAGUAACCAGAGAAAGCCGGGCUAAAAAAAAAACAAACAAAAAAAAACUGCAUCUCUUUUUUUUAAUAGCGAUAUACCCACUGAAAUCCUUUUGUACACAUUUGAGUACUUUUAUUUGCACUAUAUAACCAAGUGGCUAGUUGAAGCCAGGUUUAUUUUUUGUUUUUUUUCUCUUGGGCUACUUGUGAUAAGGAAAUAAUGUCAGUUCAGGUUGAAAUAUGAAUGCAAGACACUGAUAGAGCCUUCUAACUUUAAAAAAAUGGGAUCCGGGAAAUUCAUCCUCUCGAUAGCAAACUGGACCGUGUUAGGACCACGUUCCUGAUUAAGAUGCAUUUAUGUGUACAGUUCAACUUUUAAUUCCUGUUUUUGGCAGCAGAUUAGUUGACCCCUUGUAUAUCUGAGGCAUUAUUGAUAAUAUUUUAAUUUCAACACCAUUUUUUUCUACCUGAAUAGACCUAAAGUUCCCAGACUUUUGCUACCAGGAGGAUGAGCUGUCCCGGCUCUGCCUGCUGCCUACAGACCGGUCCUUUGUGAAUGAUGUUCUGUGUUGUUUCUGACUGCUUGUUCCAUGUGUGAUGCCCACAGAGGAUGUGACUACUGCUGGUCUUUCUGAUAAUAGAGCACUUCAACUGGCCUUCCUCACCUCUUCAUCAUACUCUUUUUGGCUCAGGGCCGUAAUAUUCCGGAGCUUUCUUCUCGAUUCAGUUAAUUCAGCAGCUUCGUAGGAAACCACUCCUCAGCACUAACACUGAGAAAGCAUGUAAACCUCUGUCAGUACGCAGGCUGAUAACACAAACACGCUUCUGUAAAGUGAGCCCCUCCUGGUUUAUGUGUUCGUCCGUGGGCACAUUUUCUUUCUCCAUCCCUGUCUGAGCCGUGUCGAGCAUGUUAGAUGUGGUUGUGAGGGCGUGUUGAUGAUCACUGAGAAUGUCGCCGCAGCACUUCUUUGCAAAGGAUCGUUACCUCUGAACAAUGCUGUGCCUUUGUUGUAAGCUAGCCUUGCCAACGAUUUGAAAACAUGAACUGAUUUCCUUUUUUUUUUGUUUUUAAAUGUAUCAUAAGUGCAAGCCUGAUUCAAGUGGAUUGAUUAUCAUUGCUGAAACCACUUUGUAUGAGAUUUCAUCUUGUUCUGUAUCGUAUUUAUAUUUUCCAGAGCUCCAUUGUCAGUUUUAAUAUUUUUUUUGUGUGUUAUUUAGUUUUUUGUUUUUUUGUUUUUUACACAAGCUGUGAAAACAAUUCUGCACUUUAAUCCUGAACAUUUAGACUCUGAGGAGGCAACUUUUUUUUUUUCAUUUUGU